GUUCAUGAUUUGGUCAUUCUGUCACUCAAUUUCUCUGCACAAAUCUUCAGCUUUGAAAAUAGAGGGUUAGGGUUUUAUCCAAUUUUGCAAGUUUGAUGGAGAAAUUCGAUAGGAGUAGAGGUUCUGAUAGGUAUAGCAAUAGCAGCGCUCCACCUCACCAGUAUAAUUCAGGCGAUAGGCACUCCCGCGGCGGCGGAGCUCCGAUACACCGUCGUCAACAGGAUAAUUAUCGAGACGGCGGUGGAGGAGGGGGGCGCGACAAUACUCAUGGUUAUACCGGCGGAAGGGAGAAUAUUAGGGCGUUUGACAGCCCGCCGCCCUACCGGUCUCCGCCUAGCGGCGGCAGCGGCGUGGGAAGCGUUGGAGGAGGGGGAUUGAGACCAAUUGGGGAUGGAAUUGGGGGAAUGAGACCAAUUGGGAAUGGAAUUGGGGGGUUUCGACCGCCGAUUGGCAGCGGAGAUGGGUUUGGGCCGAUGGGUGGAAUUGGGGGAAGAGGGUUUCGACCGAUAGGUGGGGUUGAUGCUGCUAAAUUUCGACCAAUGGGCGGCGGAUUUGGAGGUGAUGGCGGGAGGUUUCCGCAGAUGGGUGGUGGCGGUGGAGAUGUUGGAGGGUUUCCACCGAUGAGUAGAGGUGGUGGUGAUAGUGGAGGCUUUAGAAGGUCGGUUGGCAGUGAUGGUGAAGCUGGAGGCUUUCGACCAAUGGAUGGAGGCGGUGGUGAUGGUGCAGGCUUUGGGUUUGAUAACUAUGGGGGGCCUCCUACAGCUCUCUCGGGCCAAAAACGUGGUUACCCUGGUAGAGAAAGAUCUCCAGGCAGAGAAGGAGUUAAAUUCGCCAAACUAUUUGUUGGGUCUGUUCCGAGGACAGCCACAGAAGAUGAUAUCCGACCUCUAUUUGAAAAUCAUGGGCGUGUGAUGGAAGUUGCUAUGAUCAAGGAUAAGAGGACUGGCCAGCCACAAGGAUGCUGUUUCAUUAAAUAUGCUUCUCCUGACGAGGCUGACAGGGCAAUUGCUGCAUUGCAUAACCAGUACACGUUACCUGGGGGAAUGACUCCUAUCCAAGUCAGAUAUGCAGAUGGAGAGCGAGAACGUAUUGGUGCAACCGAAUACAAGCUAUUUGUUGGGUCAUUGAACAAACAGGCUGUUGAGAAGGAAGUUGAAGAGAUCUUUUUACCUUAUGGUAGAGUUGAGGAUGUCUAUCUUAUGCGUGAUGAGAUGAAGCAGAGCCGUGGUUGUGGAUUUGUCAAAUACUCUCAGAGAGAGAUGGCACAAGCGGCCAUUGAUGCUCUAAAUGGAAUAUAUAUUAUGAGGGGCUGUGAACAACCAUUAACUGUCAGAUUUGCUGAUCCUAAAAGACCUAGACCUGGAGAUUCGAGAGGUGUUCCUUCUUCUGGUGAACCUGGCCCUCGAUUUUCUGCCCCUGGGAUCAGAACUCCGUCAGAUCAUCACGAGCCAUUAGGUGGCCCCAAUCCUAAUUCGUGGCCAAGCACGCAGAAUCUAGGACCGCCUUCUCAUGCUGGUAACCAAGGUUAUCCUAAUCAGUAUCAGCCUAGGCCUGGGAAUAUGGCCGCUUCUUCUACUCCAGCAAUCCAGUAUCCUGUUGGAGCUAUUCCUGGCAGUAUGGACAGUUCAUUUCCUGCACCUCCUGCCUUGUCUGCGCCUAUAUCUCAGUUUAAUAAUAACCAGUCCGUACCACAAAUUCCUUCUAAUGGCUCAAAGCUAUCUCCCUGGCAGCGACCUCUUCAGUCACCACAGCCUGUGCAGUUACCUCCAUCAAACACGACAUCGUUCUCCAAUCAUAGUUUACCGGGCUCACAGAUGCAACCCAGUCUGAUACAGACCCCAUACAGUCAGGCCCCACCAUCACAAUCUCUGCCAGGAGAGAACAGUCAACCAUCUAUUCCCUCCCAGAUACAAGUGCAGCAUAGCGCUUCUUCUGCUCACAGACAAGCUCCUGGAGUGGGGAAUCAGCCACAGUAUCCUCAACAACUUCAACCUUUUAAUCAGCCGCCUUCAGAGCUGGCUCAAAUGCUGUCACAACAGAAACAAACUCUACAGGCUACUUUCCAGUCUUCUCAACAAGCUCUAAAUCAGCUGCAACAGCAGCUGCAACAGAGACAACCGGCGAUUCAAAACCUAGCAACUCAUCAGGGUCAAGUAGCUGCUAAACAGCAGUCUCCUUGGCCUGGAGCGGUAUCUCAGCCCAUUGCAAACACAGCUAACACGCAACCAGCCAGAGAUUCAGCAACGACAACAACUAACCCCUCACCUGCCAUUACUGGUGGUACUCCGGCUGCUGCUACAAGCAAUUGGUCCGAGCACACUUCCCCUGAUGGAUACAAGUACUACUACAACAGCUUGACUGGUGAAAGCAAGUGGGAGAAACCUGCAGAGCUUGCGCUGAAUGAGCCCCAGCAACAGAAGCCGUCUAACCCGCACCCUCAGCUGCAUUCUCACCCAUCAGGACCAUCAUUGCAACAAGCUCCUCAAAUGCAAGCUCAGAUCCAUAACCAAGCCAAGCCGUUCCAGCAGGCUGCUCAAUCAUCGUACCAUGUCCCUGGAUUUUCUGCAAAACAAGGCACUAAGGAAAUUGGGUAUGCACAAGCUCCAGCGAACGAUCCUGCACGCUAUCAACAGGCGUCUCAGGAGUGGAUGUGGAAGAAUAAGCAUUCAGGAAUGUGAUCUGUAUGAACAAAAAUGAUGGUUACCCGUUCAGGCGAAAUAUGAGGGGAACCGAGUUCCUAACUAUAAGAUAGUCGGGUGAGCGACAUUACCAAUAUCCUCGUGGAGGAGCCGCAGCAGCACUCUUACUAGUCACAAACUCGUCCCUCUCGUAUCGCUGUCUAAAGUAACCCAACUGUUAUAUCAUGAAUUCGAUGAUGUUGCAAUAAUGUAUUUCUGCUUAGCUGUAACAGAUUUCUAUGCCGUGCUCGGCCUCGUGCUCAGGCUUGGGCUCGGCUGUCGUUGUGUUGUUAUUAUGGGUAGAGAGCAAUUAACUUGCUAGUGUAGUGUAUAAAUCAAUCUGCAGCCUUAGUUGGUGUGGAAAACUAGUUUUAAGUUAUCAGUCUCAUAUACAAAAUUUUUUUUA